ACUUAUAGUCAACCUUUAGCUAAUAUAUUGAAUUGACCUAAGAUGUUAACCUUUUUUUUUUCGUAAGACUAAGUCUUGUUAAUUAAAGGCUGAAUCCAAGAACAAACAUUAUAUAAAGAUAUAAUCAUUAUUAGAUUUUAUACCUUGAGAAAGAGAGCAAUACCAGGCAAAAGUAACACGAAAUCAAUGGCGGAAAAGAGCUCAGUGACGCUACAUGGAAUGUGGGCAAGUCCAUUUGCCUUGCGAGCCAAACUUGCCCUUAAAAUUAAGGGAAUAGAGUAUGAGUAUAUAGAGGAAGACUUACAAAACAAAAGUGAAUUACUCUUACAAUAUAACCCUGUGCAUAAGAAAGUCCCUGUUCUUGUGCACAAUGGUCUACCCAUUACAGAGUCACUUAUCAUCGUCGAAUAUAUUGAUGAGGCUUGGACUGAACCCCCUCAUCUCCUGCCUAAGGAUCCUUAUUUAAAGGCCAAACAUCGAUUUUGGGCCGCGUAUUUACAACAGAUAGCGGAGAUAUUGGGUAAAGCGCUGAUAACAGAAAGUAAACCAUCAGAAGACAUGAUGAAGAAGAUGGACGUGGCUGAAGAAUUAAUCAAGGCUGAGCUAUUCCAUAAUGGCUGUCCAUCUUUCGAGGAUGCGAAACCCGGAUACUUGGACAUAGUGUUGUAUUCCUUGUUAGGAAGCUCUGAUGUUGCGGAAGAGUUCUUUGGGUUUAGGCCUUUCAAUGCCGAAAGGUACCCGUUCUUGUCAUCUUGGAUAAAUGCACUGAAAGAGGUUCCUGAAGUUCAAGAUGUAACGCCUCCAAAGGAUAAGGUCAUUGAGCUUCUUCAUGCCAUGCGACAGAGUUAUCUCCACACAAAGGCAUAAUUGAUCGUUAUCAGUUUUCAUAAUUGAUUUAAAAUUAUUGUGAUAAAUGCGUAAGGAAUUAGGAGUUUGUAGACUAAAAUAAACCCGGUCCACAUUAAUAUUAAUGUGGACCGAGUAAAUAUCACACUUUUUUAUUGGAAGCUUUAAUCACAAGCUCUUUCUUUCUUUUGUCUUUUCUGUUUGAUUUUCUCAGUAAUUUUUUCUCUCUCCUCCCUUGAUGUUCUCUGUAUUUAAUUUAUAUUUCAACAAUGGUGAAGACGAGAGGAGGAAAUUCAUCAAAAUCAACAAUGGCGGUCAUAAUUAGAAAUGGAAUUUCAUCAAAUUGGAGUAAACGAAGAGGAUAACGAUCAUCAGUUGGAGUAAACUAAAUGAAAAGCGAAUAUAUCAAACCAAAUGUGAUUAUAAGAAAUAAAAAGUGAUUAUAUCAAGCUAAAUGUGAUUAUUAGAAAUAAAAAGUUAUUAUAUUAAG